CCCUUUUUUCCUUUAGGUGUAGAGACCAUUUUUACCAGAUGGUCGCAGUAUAUCCUGUGUUUUACAAAUACGCUCACUCAAAUUUAGUCAAACCUGAAACUGCAUGAAUGCUGAACAUUUUCUUAUUACCAAAUUAUUUCGCCCAAAUUCAGGGCUCGACAAUCUGUAGACCUGCUGGAAUAAUGGUUACAUGUAUCAUACUGUGGGUAAACAUACACUUGUGCAUGUAUGCUGUAUAUAUGUGAGGAGGGAAGAGGUGUCCUCAGGCGGGAUGAGUGGCGCGCUUCUUUUAUUGUGCGUCAUUGUUUUCACUUGAGCAAUCUCCUGGAGUCUUGACGCGUGCAAACUAGAUUACCAACGACUUUUUCAACGACUUACAACAGGCAUGUUGCAAACUUAAAAAAACAUGUUGAUUUCGAUGGAAAAGGAUCAUAAUGACAUUAAAAAAAAAAAAAAAAACACGGUAUCAACAGGUUAUAAAAGACUGGGCUCUAUUACAUCCAAGAAGCGUUUAUCCAUUCAAGAAACUUUCAAAUAUUUUAAAUACUCACUUAAAACAAACACUAAAUGAACAAAUGAGUCUAUCUGCUGAUAGCGCGGAUGAGAUGUGAGGCUGCAGACACUCCUCGCGCAGGAACAAUGACACGUUCAACUCUGCGGCUCUGAGCCAAUCAGAGAGCGUCAACAUUUAAAGGGCUAUUAAGAAACAGCCAAAACCAACUUGUCAUUUCUCUCCGAUUCACUCGCUUACAUCUCUUACUGGGCUUGCCUGGAGACAGUAAAUGUGUCUCUACGUAACUUUCUGAGUGGAAUGAUACUUUACGCAGUAUCCUGUUGUAUGGAUGCGCUUGUUUAUCGGCUGCACUUGUUGCGCUGAGACGAACAGCCGAAUCUAACGGACUGAGAGAUAUUCAAAGAUCGACGCACCGCUACGGGUCAAACGCUCGAGCUCUGCGGUGUAUUUACAUUUCGGAGAUCUCUCACUUGAACGAAACGAAAUAAAAGGGUGAUACAUACUGUGCGUCGCUUCCAGAAUGCCAGUGUUAAUGAGUCCCGAGAUGGCUGAUAAAUUCAAAGAGAAAUGGAUGAUGCUUCACCCGGAGGAUCAGGACGAUGUCGGCGGCUCUGCUCACUUUGACGACAGUCUCACCAGUCUGCACUGGCUGCAGAACUUCUCCAUCCUGAGUGCCAACCCGGAGAGGACACCCAGCUCCGGCUGCCACCCGCAACACCUCUUCUACCACAAAAAACAGUUAGGGGGCACCGAGUCACCCUCCAGCCCACCUGCCGGAGACACAGCCGCGACGGGGAUGCCACAAACACCUGGGAAUCCCACCGCGUCCUGCAGCAGUUUGGCUAAUUCAUAUGCGCACCAACAAGCUGGACAGUACUUAACGGCGCACACAAAUCCCUCGGUGGAGAUAGACUAUAAAACAAACCGCUACGUGAAGCCACCUUAUUCAUAUGCCACUCUCAUUUGCAUGGCAAUGCAAGCUAGCAACAAAACCAAAAUCACCCUGUCCGCCAUAUACAGCUGGAUCACGGAGAAUUUCUGCUACUACAGAUACGCGGAGCCAAGUUGGCAGAAUUCAAUUCGCCACAACUUGUCCCUGAACAAGUGCUUCAUGAAGGUGCCCAGGCAGAAGGAUGAGCCAGGAAAGGGAGGCUUUUGGCAAAUCGACCCCCAGUACGCUGACAUGUUUGUCAACGGCGUUUUCAAACGACGGCGAAUGCCUGCCACAAACUUCAAUACUCAGAGACAGAGCAAAAUGUUAUCCUCUCCCAGCUAUUCUUACGGCUCUCAGUGCAACCAUACUGGCCAACAAAUGGGAAUGGGAAACAAACGCAAGCAGGUCUUCCCCAAACGAGCUGGCAAGAUGGCCAGAGACUCCAAUUCCCCUCUGUUAACCACAGAGAUCAAAACUUCAGAUGUACUGAGAGGAGACUUUGACCUGGCCUCUGUUUUUGAUGAUGUACUUAGUGGGAAUGACAGCACUUUUGAGGAUCUUGAUAUCAACACCGCGCUGAGCUCGCUGGGAUGUGAGAUGGAGGUGUCCACACAGAACCAGCACGGGCCUGGCUGCAGCAACGAGGAUGAGCAGGCUUGUGCUUACCUCGAGGGGAAUGGCAUGAUGGGAUGCAACAUGGAGGACUUUCACCAACAGCACCACCAGCCGGUACAGGCCCAUCCACAAUAUUAUGAAGGAAUGACUCUGUUCUCAGAUCAGGUUCAGCAGCAUCAGCAGCACCCCUGGGAGAUUAAAGAGGAAGUCCAAGUCAUUCCACUUUCCCUGGAUCAUGGCUAUGGCCUCUGUGAGGGAUUUUUCUCUGAGAUGCAACUAUGGGAGAGAGCAGAGUCGUAUCUGUGAAGACCACUGAAAACUUUGAAUAAAUAUGCACUGUUUUUGCUGGUCUAAGACCUAUUGACUUUUGUUUUGCUACAUUAGCAUAAUGAACUAUUGAAGAUGUGAAAAGUUAUAUGUGAUUAUUCUUUGUACUUCUGUUUAAUUUUCUAAAAACCUAUACUGAUUAAUCUAUAAUCACCCUUGGGUCUUUGAAUUCUUGAUUCUUUGUUGGGAAAUUUUCUUCAGAUGCAGAUAAAAAAAUUAUUGUCAUGAGACAAAUCUAGUUAUCUAGGAUAGUGACAUUUUGUUCCUGCAUUGAUUAAUCAAUAUAAUAUUUUCAUUUUAGUUGACUUGAUAUUUUAGGUAAUGUCGUUCUUUAUGAAUCUAACAAAAAGUAAAAAAUAAACAUAAGUCAGAUAUUUGAAAGAAAAGGGAUGCAACAAGCCAAAGUGCUUCACAUACAAUUUUUACUGAAAAACAAACCCGCACAAGCACUUUGAAACAUUAGCUCAGUUUGUUGCCUGGUGAUUUAGCCUAAUCAUUUAUUUUCUCUCUUUUUUGAUGAUUUUCUUUAAGAGUGAAAAGUCUCCUUCCAUAAGUUCUCUCUUAUAUUUCUAAAUGCAAUGCUAUAGUCUUGGAUUUAUGAUGAAUUGUGGGUGACAAUGUCACAAGGCAAUGACUGUUCUAGAAGUGUACUUGUAUCAAUUAUUUGAGAAAUGGACUCUAACAUGCAACAUAAAGCUAAAUAAAUUCUGUACUUGAAUAAAAUGAUCAACCAUAUGAAGAACUGUUUGUCAAUCUAUUGUUUGAUUUUUGCGUAUUUAAUUUCUUAAACAUACACGUUAUAUAAUA